AUGCUGAGGGUUCGUGGGGAUUUGCUGAAUGAGUUGGCAUUGCGCCGAUGGCAUCUGAAUUUUGGAUUUCCACUUCCGUGGGAUGACAAGCUGAAGGCUUUGCGCCACUGUAACAACACGUUCCUUUUCCUGGCUGGGCACGGCAACAAGAAAGGUGACCUUGUUCUGGAUGAAGGAGUGCAUUUGACGGCGAAACAAGUUUUCAUGUGGCUGAAUGAGGCCAACUUCCACGGCAGCACUCUGACGAAGUGCACGAGGGGCAAAAGGUUUAUCAAUUUUCGCCUGUCGUCCUUGGCAAGUGAUUGCUCGCGAGACUCUGCAGAGGGUGGAAUGUACACUCUGGCAAUCCUCAACUCUCUUCGGCGGGAACAUUCCUGGACGCAGCAGGGCGGUGACGGGUGGGGCACGAAAGUUCUCGUGCGACGUCAGCCGGAUAAGAACACAGUGGUUUGGGGCAUUUGUACAUCAGAGCCUCAAACAGAUAUUGCUGCAGAUUUCGUUUGCCACAACGGGACUGCGAAUUCCAUGUCCGCUCCUCCGGGACAGGUGUUGGUCCCGAAGGGCAUGGUCCGUGCGUCGAUGACGGCGCCGGCAGGGGCUACGGGGCAACACAGCCCGCCUUCGCCUCCUCCACAAAUGGCGCCCCCGGUUCCGCCGGAAAUGAAGAUCCUGAGACAUCCCCUACCAAGGCAGGCUCCACCACCGAGCUCAGAGCCACCUCCUUUGCACAGCCCACCGGCCCUCCCACGGCAGUGGCAGAACGACUUAGAGCUGGACGCGCAGGCUCCUGUCAUUGGAGUUGGUGCCUUCGCACAGGUCUUGCGAGCCAAGGAUCGGAGCUCUGGGCAAAUCUGGGCCAUCAAGGUAUUGAGCAGACCGGCUUUUGCAUGUCGAGGAAUCGAGGGCCAGAUCUGGAAUGAGCUCUCUGCCCUGCGCCGCUGUGCCGAGGAGCCCCAGGGUCGAGGCCGACGUGUUGUGCAGCUCCUGGAUGCGGUCGAGGAGAGCGGCAUGGUAUACCUCAGGCUGGCUUUAUGCAGCUGCGACAUCCAGCAAGUCUUGGAUGCUCGCGGCCGGAUCGAGGAGGCGGAGACUUGCUACUAUGCUGCACAACUUAUGGCCGGCAUCCAGGAUCUGCACUCCUUGAACAUCCUUCAUCGGGACAUAAAGCCGUCGAACUUGCUCCUGGACGCGGGGGACUUGCGCAUCACUGAUUUUGGUUGGUGCUGCACACUCUCCGAGAACCCACGCUCUCUUGCAGGGACCUUCCAGUACAUGGCGCCAGAGGUUCUCAAACAGGAGCUACAGACCACUGCCGUGGACCUCUGGAGUGCUGGCGUAACGCUCCUGCAGAUCUUGACUGGCAGGCAUUUAGUCUCCAGUCCGGGCAGCUCUGGGCUGAGCCACGUGGAUCCGCAGAAGGGUACGGCCCUGAAGGUGACCCAUGUUGCCCGCAUCCGCAGUAUCUAUGGCUCCAGGGGUAGGCUGCAGCUGCUGGUCAUGGCAGGUGACACACCUGUAAGGGUGCAGCACGUCAUCCGAAGGGUACUACAGGCGGCCUCUUCUGUGGAAGGGGCCGAGGUACGGGCCUUCGGCUCCUCUGUGAACGGCUUCGGUGACAGCUCCUCUGAUGUGGAUGUAGUGCUCUCUGCGAACAAGGCUUGUUUUGCAGAGGGCUUGGGCCUGGGGAGGGUGAGCAAGAAGGACCUGGAGCCACGUGUCCUCGGGAAGCUGCGUCAGGAGCUACGAAAACGGGGAUUUACCAUUAACCUCUUUAUCCCACAAGCCAAAGUGCCCAUCAUCAAGUUGAGCUUGGAGCACGCCGGAGACUGCAUUGACUGUGACCUUUCUGUCAACAACUUGCUGCCAGUCUUCAACACCAAGCUCUUGAAAUCCUAUGCCGACUUCGACCUGCGGCUCGUGGAGAUGGUGCAAACCUGCAAGGCCUGGGCCAGAGACGAGGGCGUGCAUGGUGCAGACCGUGGAAACCUGUCAUCCUAUGCCUUCACGCUCAUGGUUAUUUUCUACAUGCAAAUGCGCGGGGUGCUGCCGUGCUUACAAAGAGAGGCGCUCUUGAACCCAGUGUGGUACUCUGAAGGUGGACAAAGGUACAAUGUAGCCAUGGAGGAUGACGGCGACUGCAGCCACCCUGGUGGUCCUGUUAGUUUCCCUGACUUUGCACGAUUCUACCAUGACGAGUUCGACUGGGGCGAGCGGGUCGUGUCUGUACGAACUGGAGAGAGUGCUCCUCCCGAGGAGUACCCCGAUCUGAAGAUGAAGCCCAGAAGCGGCAUCACUGAUGAAGAGUGGGAUUACUUCCUGCACAUCGAGGAUCCCUUCGACACGCAGCGCAACUUGAAUUGCGUCCUUGCUCCGGGCAGCAACUACCGACUGUGGGAGGCUCUCGGCAGAGCAAAGCGGCAGCGUCGGUGGGUAGGGCGAUCCGGGCCAAGGAAGGCAGGCUGA